AUGGUUUUAGUGAUCAGCUUUCAAGUAGAGUCAGUUAGUUUUGAGGAAUUAAAAGCACAAGUGAAAGCACUAUUGUCCAAAGUCGUUAAUAUUGGACCUAUAAGCUGUUAUGAGUGUAUUGGCUGUGAAACAGUGGAUAGCAAUACGCCGAAGAAAAUGAAUUGUUCAGCUUGCAUGAAAGCUGUUUUGACGUCGCCAAUAAGACAUGUUUCAAGAGGAUGUGUACCGUCAUGCCAAGGUCAUCCACGCCAGCCAGGCCUUGAGUUGAACUGUUGUGAAUCUGAACUGUGCAAUUCAACAUCACACAUGAAAUCGAACCUUAAACUGAUUUGUUUCACUCUUUUAGUUUUCAUCAUCACUAAAUCUAUUUAUGCAGUUUGA